AUGAGCGUACCGUACGGUGUUCUGCACCGCAUCGUGCCCUUUCGGCAGCAAUCCUCCGUAGGAAUUGGAAUCCAAAGUCCUAGAAACGGUCUUCUGGCGCACGCCAGUGGCGCGCCUGAGAGAGGAACCACCUCUUCUGCAAGAUGUCAUGCGAUGGAGGAAAGUGGCUCGCGACGACCUUAUCGGAAGUGUUCAGUCAGCCUGGAGAAUCCAGAGGUGAAACAGGAGCUGAUUUUGACUGGACACGACUGCUUCAGCCGCUACCUGUAUCGAGUGUUGGGGCAAGAGCCGUCGUCGGAGUGUCAUCACUGCGACGUCGGCGCCGAGGACACGACGGAGCACACGUGCGCGGACUGUCCAGCGUAG